UAAGGGGUUAGCAAAUAGAGUGAUAAGCAUCACCAGCCCAGGGAUGGAAGCAGGGGGACGGCCAGAUUGUAAAGAAUCUGGCAAGAGAUGGACCUGGAAACAGGGUAGCAGCUCAGGGACCAGAAUUUGUCCUGUUAGUAUUAAUGUCCAAAAUCUACGCUAAAUUAUACACAAACCAAUGUCCAAUCACUUUAAUCUCUGGCUCUGGUGAUUCGGUAACCAGUGCUUUAACACUGUCUGGGAUGGCUCCGGCUCCCUGGGGCCAGAUUUUGCUCUGUAGCUCCCUUAGGAGCAACUGUCACAGACGCAAGGCCAGUGGGAGUGCUAAGGCUCAAGACCUGUUCCUCCCACCCUCAUCUGUUGGUUUUUCCAGCUGUUUUCCUUGGCUCAAGGAUCACACUCAUAGGGAUGCAGAUGGAAGAGGGGGAAGUAGAGAAAACAGCGAAGUCAGAAUGAGCUAGGCAAGAGGCAGAUGUUAGGAAGAAGAGAUGGAGAAAUGGCGCUAGUGGUCCAGCCUUCUGAUAGGACACCUGGGACAUCUUUUCAAGUAGCGGCUGUGUUGGGCAUGGACUGGGCUGAAGCCUAGGAGCCCCAGCUGUUAACAUCUGGGGGCAGGAUCAUGUCUGGUAACAAAGGCUGGUGGGUACCACCUGAGGGCGAAGACAGCGUGUCUGAAAAGUUCCUGAGGAAGACCAGAGAGUCUCCGCUGGUGCCUAUAGGCUUAGGAGGCUGCCUGGUGGUGGCAGCAUACAGGAUUUACCGGCUAAAAGCUCGUGGUUCCACCAAGAUGUCCAUACACCUGAUUCACACCCGAGUGGCAGCACAGGCCUGUGCUGUGGGCGCCAUCAUGCUGGGUGCUGUGUACACAAUGUACAGAGACUACAUCAAGAGAACAGCACAGGAUGCCGGGGAGAAGUAGGAGUCCUAUAGGGCCUGGGGCAGUCAGACCCUCUUAAAUCAAUCCCUGGUAUGCUCCUAAUAAAGUAGUUUUGAGGAAAAUCAA